CCUCGGCCUGUUGGAGACCACUGCAUGGAGAUGGCCCAAAACAUAAUUGCUAGCUCUGCUUAGAGAGAAGCUGGGGACAUUGGGGUCCCAAGAUAACCCAAAUCCCUCCGCAAGCCGGGCCCCUGCGCCCCACAGCUGGGCUGUGAGCAGAGACAGGAACCGGGGCUCGGCUGCAACGUUUCCUGUUUUAGAGCAGAGAGCAGCAGAACGAGGUGGUUGGCACAGAGAUGGCAGUUGGAGCAUGUUCGUGCCUAAUAACAUCCUGCUCUGCCGUGGCCAUCGAGGGGUAGGACGGGACCUUCGGGCCAGCAGGACAGAGGACCCCAGAGUGGUCACAGACAACAUGAUCAACCAGCCCCAGAAGCCACGGCUGCGGUGCAGGCACGAGAGCUACGAUGAGAAGUGCGAGCGGCGGCACGAGACACGGGAGAACCUGCGGCAGCGGCACAACGUGACAAUGUGCCGCCACCUCGGGAGGGGGACACCGGAUCCCCUGCAGAGCCCCCGGCAAAGGGAGUUCCUGAGGAGGAGGAACCUGGCAGGUCAUGCUGGAAGGACACCGCCAGGACAGAAUCCCAAAGCAUGCGUCCUGGAUCCCUCUGCGCGGUUGGAGCUGCUCCAGCACCCAUGGAUCUGCCCCACAUUCCCCCCUGCGCUGUCCCGGCUCAGCCUCAGCAUCCCCCUCAGCACUUCAGCAGAAGCCAUCCGCAGGCAAGGUGUGAACACCCAAGGAACCCAGACCCUUACAAACCCAAGGGCAGGAGCAAAAGAUUCGAGCCAGCAGACAGAUUGUGGAAUAGCAGUUUUAAAUAAGGAAAUGGUGCAGUUAUCCAACUACCUCAAGGAGGCCCUGCAUCGCGAGCUGCUGCUCAAGCAGAAGAUGGUGAUUUUGCAGGAGCUUUUCUCCACGCUGCUGCAAGCAUCAGAAAAGUCCUGGCAGGGUCAGCUGAAUGAAGAUAAACUGAAGUGCAAAUUAAGGGCGCUUGAAAAUCAGCUGCAGGCUUGCACCCAGAGUUAUUCAAAGGAGUGUGUGAAGAAGAUCCUGAUAGACAUGGAGGACCAGAAGCAAACCUAUGAGGAGAAGGCAAAAGAGGCUCUUCAGAAGAUGCUGGAGGACAAACUCCAGACUGAACAGCAGCUGCAAAACUCUCAGAGAAGCCUGGCAGCCACGAGAGAGGACCUUGCCUUCUGGAAGGAGCACUACACCACCCUCAAAGCUGAAUUGACCAAGAUGACCACGGCGCACACUGAGCUUGAAAACAGCUUCCACGUUUUACAGAGCAAAGUUCAGCAGGCAGAUGCACAGAAUGAGCAGCUCCACCAGACCCUGUGCAGGCUGCAGAGCGAGCACACUGCGCUCCACCAGCGAGCCAGCGCCCUGCGGGAGGACAACGACCUGAAGACUGAGCACAUCAGUGCCAUCGAAGAUAAACUGCAAAAAGAACAAAACCAGAGGGUAAAGCUGGAGGUGACAAUCAGCCAUUUGCACAGCUUGAUACAGAACCAGACCAAGGAACAGAAGACCCAGGAGGCGAUGGCGCAAAGGAAAGACCAGGUUUUCACCACGCAGACCCCACCUCUCACUCCUGCCAAGGAGAAACAAAAUGCUCUGUUAGAGCACCCCAAGGAGGAGGAGGGGGGAGAAGAAGGCCUGAAGGAUGAGAUGCAGAAAAGGACAUUCCAGCUUACAGCAAAGGAGAAUGAGGUACAUAUGGACAUACAGGUAGCAGGAGUGAAAAUCCCCCAUCACUGCAGUGCCCGUGCACGGGCGAAGCGCUGCGGCCUCUGCGGGAGCCCUGCUGCUGUCGGUGGGUACGGAAAAGAGGGGAUCCCUCCUGCUAACGGCCCCUUGCUGUGCUUGCAGUGCACGGAGCUGCGCUCGGAGCUGGAGGCCCUGAGCGAGGAAUAUCGCUCCUGCCUGACCAGGCUGCGCCAGUGCCGGGACGAGCUCAACCACUUCCAGAGCAAGCAGGCAAAGCGACUGCGCGGUCACUGGGUCCCUCUCCUGGCGGCAGUGAUAGCAAUGGCCAUAGCCACCUUCCUUGCAAGUUAUAGAUCAUGAGAGACCUUCUCGAUGAGGAACUUCACUGCAGGAACUGACUUCACCACCACCAGCAACAUGCCCUCACCGCAGUGCACCUUCUGCUGUUUUGUACUUAUGUGUUUAGUGCCUCUCUGAGCCGGCCUCACUCCAGACAAACUCCAAUAAAGGUUGGAGAUCCCCCUUUC